AUGGCCAAAUCAACCACUAAGAAAGCUAAAUCUGCCCUCGAAGUAGCACCACCAACCAAAACCGUCGACAACGACGAACAAGUUGUCGUUAAUGAAGAACAAGUUGCAAGCACCACCCGCACCAGUCCUAAUGGUCCUCAAGCCGAUGCUACUACUCAGACACCUACCAACCAAGAACGUUCCUGGGAGUUUGAAGAGUGUAUCGUCAUUUCAAGAAACUUCAUACCCGAAAACAAGACGAUCAUGCCUCUAAUAGCUGCCACCGCAGCUCUCCCAAUCGUAGACAUCUCGCCAUUUCUGCCAAAUGCCUCACUGGAAGAUAAAGCUAGGAAACCUAUCAUCGCAAAGGAGAUGUUCCAUGCAUGCAGGGAUGUCGGCUUCAUGUACAUAUGCGGGCACGGGAUCGAUUCGAAAGUCGUCAAUGGCGUUCAAGAUUACGCUCGUGAAUUUUUUGGAUUGCCAACUGAGGAGAAGGAAAAGAUCCAUAUCUCCAACUCUGAUAUGGCAAGAGGGUACCAGAUGCUUGGACAAAAUAUCACAAAGUACAAGAAGGACUGGCACGAAGGAAUAGACUCAUACGCAGAACUAUCACCAGACCACACCUUGAACAAGAUGGGAAUCAAAACCCUCACUGGGAAAAACCAAUGGCCUGCUCAACCAGCCGGAUUCAAAAACGCCUACCUCGAUUACGUCGAACAGUGUAAAGUCCUGGGAAUGGCCAUCAUGCAAGCUAUGGCAAUGAGUUUGGGACUUGAUGAACACUAUUUCGAUAAAAUUAUGACUGAUUCGUUCUGGUGUAUGAGGAUUAUUGGGUAUCCGCCGUUGACUGAAGGGCUGGCUAAGGAUGGGGAAGUUGGAAUGAGUUGUGGUGAACAUUGUGAUUAUGGAUGCUUGACUAUACUCAACACGGAUUCAACAACAGGUGCGCUACAAGUGCUGAGCAAGGAGGGCGAGUGGAUUGAUGCGAACCCUGUGCCGGGCUGUUUUGUCAUCAACAUAGGAGACAUGCUCAACAAUCUCACCAACGACAUAGUAAUCCACACCAAAUCAUCAUACCGUGUCAGCAUCCCCUUCUUCUUUGAACCACAUUUCGAUGCUCUUAUCGAACCAAUACCUAAAUGUGUGAAGGAGACAGAUGGCAUCCCACAUCAUAAGCCAGUUAUUUACGGUAAUCAUUUGUUGUCGAAAGUAUCGAAUAACUUUGAUGUGUCUGCUGCUGGCUCUGCAUCGUUGUAA